AUGGCCUAUUGCGGUCGGCCUGAUUCGAAGAAUAUCAGUACACAUCUUUUACAAGUUCACGGUUUACAAUCCAAGGAGAGAAAACCUUAUCUUAAGCAAGCCAAGGUGUCGUCAUGGCAGCCCUACAUCAACAAAUCUCCGUACAUGAACUCUGAAAAGCAGGGAGAAAUGCGU